ACCAUCUUCAUCACCUUCAUCAUGACCAGCUGGACCCGCCUGAUCCUCGUCCUCCUCUGCAGCGCUGUGACCCCCGUCCUGUGCUGUGAUUGGCUCAGACACUACGGGCACCUGAGCAACAUCUCUCUGACUCUGGUCCAAGUCAUGGGCGGUCAGCUGACAGACCAGGAGAGUCCAGUUCCCUUUCCUUAUAGACUCUACGAACGCAUCAGGAAGGAUGAGGUAGAGUCUCAGCUGGUUUUCAUCAGAGACAGUCUGGAGCUGAUCGCAGGUCUCUAUCACCAUGACAACCGCUCCUCCGUUACCUGGGAUACGGACAAGACGGAGCGCUUCCUGAUGACCAUCGACAGGCAGACAGACGGCCUGAAGAGCUGUGUGUCGACUCACAGCAGAAAAAACAUGAGCCGACAGAGAAGAUACUACCGGAGACUGGAAAAUAGUACUCUGUACCGCACUGGUGGUAGUCCUGAGUCCUGGGAGCUGAUCAGAAAGGAGACUAAACUGCACCUGGAGCAGUUGGACCUGCUUGCGGCCUUCGUGGUGGAUUCAUCUGCUGCCAGCAGGAGGCGCUCUACUGAGACUCGACACUGAC